AAGAGGAGCAUCCUUCAUCCCCCGCUGUGCUGGAUCCCAUUGGGACAUCCUCAAGGCCAGUGAUGAGGACCACGCCAACAACCAACACUUUGAGCUACAAAAGUGCUGACAAGGCUGGGCAGCCGCUGCUGUCGCCGCUGAGCCGGAGCCGUCCCGGCCGGGGCCGAAGGAUGAGGAUGAGGAUCUUUGCCAGCCCUGGGAUGUCGCCGCUGGUGUCCCUCGUGCACCUCCUCUCCRUGCUGCUGAUGGACUGCCUGGCUGAAAGUCCCCCUGUGUUCAUAAAGAAGCCUGUGGACCAAAUUGGUGUGUCGGGAGGGGUGGCCUCCUUCGUGUGCCAAGCUACCGGAGACCCCAAGCCCAGGGUCACCUGGAACAAGAAAGGGAAGAAAGUGAACUCUCAGAGGUUUGAGACCAUUGAAUUUGACGAAAGUGCCGGCGCUGUUUUGAGGAUCCAGCCCCUCCGGACUCCCCGCGACGAGAACAUUUACGAGUGCGUUGCUCAGAACCCUCAUGGGGAGGUCACUGUGCACGCCAAGCUCACCGUCCUCCGAGAGGACCAGCUACCCCCYGGCUUCCCCAACAUCGACAUGGGGCCGCAGCUGAAGGUGGUGGAGAGGACGCGGACGGCCACGAUGCUCUGCGCCGCCAGCGGCAACCCCGACCCCGAAAUCACCUGGUUCAAAGAUUUCCUGCCCGUGGACCCCAGCGCCAGCAAUGGCAGGAUCAAGCAGCUGAGAUCAGGUGGGCUGCAGAUCGAGAGCAGCGAGGAGACGGACCAGGGCAAGUACGAGUGCGUGGCCAGCAACAGCGCCGGGGUGCGCUACUCGUCCCCCGCAAACCUUUACGUGAGAGGUAGGGAGCACAGCGGCUCAGCGGCGCUCACCUUCCUCAUUCUCCUCUUCCUCCUCCUCCUCUUCUUCCUCCCGGGCUCCCCUGGCCCUGCUGUGCCCGGGGGGAGAGCGUGGGGUGGCCCCGCGUGUGCGCCCCGAUAUCGUCGGGGGGGUCCGGCUGCAUGUGGAGCUUCUACAGGGGAUUGUGAUGAAAACCGAACUUCUCUGUGCCCCAAAGUCCUUAGGGUGAUCCCACUAAAACUCCAAACUCCUUGGGGUGAUCCCUCUGAAACCCCGAACUCCGCUGCUCCCCAAACUCCUUAGGGUGAUCCCCUGAAA